UGCGGUAGUCAUGGAUGAAAAUCGACAAGAUAUAUUUGGACGAAAAGUUGCAUUAUUUUGCCUUUGAAAUACAUCAAUUUCAAGCAGAAAAAAUAACUAGAAUUUUCCCACAGUUUUUUUACCGAAAACCUUGAUUGAUGACGUUUCUCCUUAUAUUCAAAUAUACAAAGUUCUUUUUCAUUUCCCACAAUCUCAUAGUAACUUUUAAUUGUUCAAAGACGUCUCUGCGUUAUUUGAAUAUACAUAAUCAGUGCUGGGUAUAAGUCCAUUAAUAAUAAACAAUUCCAGAAGAUUAGAUCUGCAGCAUCGGUGAAAAUGGAACCACUUGUUUGUGUUGACGAUUAUGAAAAAUAUGCCUUCUCCUUUUUACCAAGAAAGAAUUUGGAUUUCUAUAGAUCAGGUGCUGGUGCAGAAAUCACCCUGCAUGAUAAUAAGAAGGCGUUUCAAAGAUACAGAAUAAGACCUAGAAUUCUCAGAGAUGUCUCUAGAAGGGAUCUAUCUACGACGGUCCUGGGCCAAAAAAUUUCGAUGCCCAUUGGAAUAGCCCCAACGUCCUUACAAAAAAUGGCCCAUCCAGAUGGUGAGAUAGCUAGUGCUAAGGCUGCAGAGCAAUUGGGGACAAUUUUCAUAUUGAGCACAGCAUCGAAUAGCACAAUAGAAGAAGUAUCUGAAGCUGCUCCAAACUGCGUCAAGUGGUUUCAGUUAUACGUGUUCAAAGACAGGAAUGUGACAAGGAAUCUGAUCGAAAGAGCUGAAAGAGCAGGUUUCGAAGCUUUAGUACUGACAGUUGAUUUGCCAGUGAUAGGUAUUAGACUUGCGGAUAAAAGAAACAAAUUCAUGCUACCGGAAAAUAUAGAAUAUGCCAAUUUCAAGGAAAUUGCCCACGAACUGAAAAAUAAAAAUUCGAAAGUGGAUCUUCCAGCUUAUCUCAACAGUUUGAGUGAUGCCUCUUUGCAGUGGCAAGAUAUAGAAUGGCUGAAAAAAAUCACCAAGUUGCCGAUCAUUUUGAAAGGAAUAAUGACUCCGGAGGACGCGCUAUUGGCAGUGAAAGUUAACGUUGAUGGUAUUCUGGUAUCUAAUCACGGUGGAAGACAACUUGAUGGCACUUGCGCAACGAUUGAUGUUUUGCGAGAAAUAGCUGAAGCUGUCGAAAGCAAGACCGAGAUUUACUUGGAUGGUGGCGUCAGGGAUGGGACUGAUGUCUUCAAAGCUUUGGCAUUAGGUGCAAAAAUGGUUUUUGUGGGGAGACCAGUUCUUUGGGGCCUUGCUUACGAUGGGGAAAAAGGAGUUAAGGAUGUGAUGGAAAUUUUAAAACGCGAGUUUGAUACAACACUUGCACUAAGUGGUUGUAGCACUAUAAAUGAUAUAAGAUCCAACAUGGUUGUACAUGAAAGCCAGUUGUCCAAGAUUUAGGACAAUAAGAUUUAUAUAAGGAAAACAAACUACGGAAGAAUAGGAAUUUUGUACAUAUUUUUAUGUCUCUCAUAUCUAUUUUCAGUUGAUGUAUUCUUCGACCAAUUUAGCUGAAACCUCAUCAUCAUAAAUAAAUAUUACUUAUGUCCUGAAAUAAA